AUGCUAGGUGCAUCGUGGAGCAGCUGGGGUCAGUGGAGUGGUUGUUCGAUGAGUUGUGGUGGCUGUGGAGUGCGACGACGAAUUCGUGCUUGCUACGGUGCAAAUCAACGGGGAGUAAAUGAAGAUGCGGAAGAAUGCGGUGAGAAGCGGUGUCCACUUUUGGAAUCAGUUUUUCAGUGCAAAGGUCGCUUAAUCGUACCGUGCAAUCUUGACGAUAAGCUGCAGCUUGCUUCAGAUAAAAGUGUCCGAUCAGUAACCGAGGAUAAAAGCUUAUUUUCCGAUCCUCUCAAAUACAAGAAGCGAUUUGGUGGCAGUGUUGCAGCUUUCACUGGCGAACAGUACUGUGAAAAACAUUUUAAAUAUCAGUGUUCGCCACCUCUGCUCACGUUGCAUUUGAAUUGGAAGACGGCCAGGUGGACGAGGAUUGAUGAACGAGGAUGCUGUAAUGGAUUUCACUUUAAUGGUACCGCAUGCACACGCAUUUGGCGUUAG